AUGAAAGUCCUUCAGAUUAAUCUGCUUGGGAUACUAGAGGGACUGGUGUCACCCCUACCGCGCCUCCGGACGGUCAUAGAGGCGGUCACUGCGCUGGUAACCCUCCUCCGCGAGGCAAAAGUGGCUGCAGGGAAGUUCGAGCUAAGCACUUUGUCCGACCUAGGUUUCAAAAGCAUCAAGAGCAUGUUGGAGAAGUUGCACAAGCGAUUGGCGAGUCUGGUUGGGACCGCCACCAGACAUAAUAACGUAUCACCAGCGCAACCAAUACCGAUGCCGUCUAGCGACAGACAGAUGAAGCUCCAAGACUUCGUAACCCAACCCCAAGCACGACCACAGCUCGACAAACCGAAGGUGACGCGCCGUCCCCCACCAGCGAAUCUCCCGCCAGGGAUCCAAGAUGCGGAUGAGCGGUCGUCACCCUGUUCGUCUGCUCUUGACCAGUACGACCAAAUGCCACUGGGACCGGCAGGAGCAGCGAUGCUCCAGGAUUGUGCAAGGGGCGGAGCGACCAAUUAA